GAGAUCACAAUAUAUUAUCUCGUUCUCGAUAGCAGCCGCACAAUCCGCCAAAAGAAACUGCAGGAGAAGUUUGGAUUCCUAUGUUCCUGCACUGUGUGCUCCUUACCGAUAGAACAGAGCCAGGAGAAUGACAAACGAUUGGAGAGAAUCAAGCAGCUGGAUGAUCUUAUCGGUCAUGACGGCAUGCAGAUGAAUUUUCAACUACGAACCCUUCGCUAUGUCGAUGAAAUGAUCUGUCUUUAUAACAAACAAGGAUCAGGCAACUCGGGUCUGUCCCGCGCGUACCUCGAUGCGGCUCAAAUUGUUAUUGCCAAUGGUGACUUGGCGAGAGGACGCAUCUUAGCUGAGAGGGCAGUGGAAGGAUGGCGAACGUCUCAUGGCAGUGACAGCAAAGAGGUGGCUGAGUACAGCUUCCUUGUACAGAAUCCCGCUUCGCUCCAGCUGUAUGGUCUGUCUAUGGAGUGGAAAUCAUCCAUAGAUCAGGUCCCACAGGGACUUGAAAGGAACGACUUUGAGGACUGGCUCUGGAGGAGGGAGAAGCCACAGAAGCUUAAACAAGAUUGCAGGGAAGUGUCGAAAACGUCCCUUUUUCUCGAUCCAGCACUUUGUGCGAACACACAACGAAAGAUCAAUGGAGAAAUUAUGCCUUGCCGCAAUGAGGCGGGAUUCAUCUGUGCCAAAUGCAAGCUGGUUCAGUAUUGCUGCAAAGAAUGCCAAACUGCCGACUGGAAGCACCAUAAAGGUGUAUGCAGGUCCAAAUUCCUCAACGAUCCCUACCUCCCCGGGUGGGUGGUAGAGAACCGCGUGCCAGCUUUUGUUUCCGGUCCGCCCCUCGCGACAUUUGGCUCGCUCCAAUAUCUUUGGGGCAAUGUUCCUGCUGUGGAUAUCCUCAAGAUCAAAGACAACGAAGGUGAGGAAGUGAUCAUGGGGCGAGAUGUUGCCUUGCUCUUCGCAGCCUCGGGCGACUUGCGCAAUGUUGUGAAGACUAUAGUUGGACUCCCUAGAACCUUCGCUGGUAACUGCACAGUUGUUCUGAAUGACAUGAACACUGUCAUCACCGCACGAAACGCCAUGCUAUUGUUAGUAGCUCUUCAUUUCGAGCCCGAAAUUGCUGCUCCCGUAAUGCUUCAUCUCUGGUACUCGGCAAUGAUCCCGGAGCCAAUUUUCCAAGCGCUACGUAACGGCGUUUUGACACUCAUCCAAGAUGUGUGUACCAAGAUCAAAGAUAAGCCUCCACAGUCACUUCAGGCAAAAACGUUCGAUCUUGGCGGAAGGACAUUACGCCUGUUGCUCAAGCAGCAGGAGUGGAUGGCCUUUGCAAACAUGUUUAGAGUACCGGUAGGAUUGGACGCAAAUCAAGCUCAGUCAAUCCGCCGCGCGGUCACUCUGGCUAGAGUGGAUCAUGUAGAUCGCCAUAUCUAUAAAAUGUCGCCUGGUCGCCGCGCCGGAGCAAUGGACUUUCGCCAACAUGGUGUUUUGCUACCAUUUGGCGCAUCACGCAAGGACUUUACUGUGCCAAAUCCUACAUUCUUCAAUGCACAAGGCCAAUGGCCUAUGAAAGAUGAUGCCGAUCCUCUCGAUGAUUGGUCCUACGACGAGUACAUCAAGAGCCUCAGGAUAGCCAGGAACGAUGUGUACGGGGCCUUCUUCUUCUAUCUGCGCGACCUCCUGCUUGAAUUUUGUACACGUGUCCACUCUGUUAGUGUGUCGUUCCAGCUUUUGGCUGUUAAUGCUGUUGAUCUGCCGCGCUAUCUCAACUCUCAGCAGUUCGACCGCAUCGAAGUUUCGAACAUAUGUGAUCGUGGUUACCUGGGUCCCUCCACCACACUCGCCACUUUCUCUUCGAUGUUGAAGGCGAAGUCUAAAAGUCCCCGGGCCACGCUUCUCAUGCUAUUCUUAAAUGCUGUCCGCGAAGAAGAAAGGUACUGCGGAGGCGCUUUCAAUACGAAGACAACAGCACUUUUCAACCGUGUUGUCAGGGAAUACCUUGACGUCGAACAAACUCUGAUCGACGCUAUCAUGGGAAAAGGGGAUAUGAGUAGCUUCAAACACAUGCUAUCCCCAGAUUUCUACCUGGUCACAGGACUUUUAGAUCUAUGUGGCGACUUCGAUACGUAUUUCAAAAGAUUUCUGGAUCAAGUGGGGUCAGAGAAGGGCAUCUCUAUGUCAGACGUGGCUCGCCAACAUGGGGUGAGGAUCAAGUCAGAAAACACAAUCAUGGAGCUCUGGCCCUACCGUCUCACAGAGUCUAUGACCAAGGAAGAGGUCAUGCUCCUACUCGCAGAGGGCACAACUGGUCACGAACGUUAUAUGGAGUUUGAAAGGUGUAAUUGAUCCUGAACGAUUACGCGGCCCCUUCAGGAAGGAAUGAAAAGUGUGAUCUACAAUUGCCUCUGUUUCCAGAAUUGUUAAAGGACUAGGUGAAAUGGUUUUAUCAUAAUAGUGAAAUACCUUCGUUCAUGAAAAAUGUAACUUAACCCGGUAGCGCAGUGAUAUAAUAUGCAGCAAUUGCUAACGAC